CAAGCCGGUUGUCGGUUGGGUCGGUCGAAGGGAAGGGGACUUAGGGAGGGACUGCAGGGGAGGCGAAAGGAGACAAUGUUGUGGAGGAGUACUGUAAGUAGCUGGAUCACGGGACAUGGACACGGAAGAUUCACAUGGAGUGCAAAGACUGACUGACUUUCUGUCAUAGAGCUCACGAGGAAGGGACAAAAGAAGCUCAACGUGUUAGACCGACCAAAUUUCGGCUGAAAAGCUGCUGCAUCAGCCUCUAAAGUUCGAACUGCAAUCGUAUAUUCAUCCAUCUCGGCGAUUUUAUUCCUUCUUCACAGUGCUGCAAGCUGUCUGUGAGCGGGAUUUUCAAUUUGCCUUUUUUUUCUUCGUUGCAGCGAGCUGUUGUACCUCUUCGAAAGACGCAGGCAGACAGGAGCUUCAGGUGAAGGCAGCACCAGGACGAGGAAUAGCACGAAGAGCAAGAAGAAGAGGAGACAGUAUGGGGGCAGAAGAUAACUUUUUGACCCUGGAGCAGGUUGAAUUUUACGAAAAAAAUGGAUAUCUCGUUGUCGAGAAGUUCGCAAGUCAGGAAGAGUGCAAGGAGUUGAUGCAGCGCAUGGCGGAGUUGCUUGAAGAGUUUACUCCUCAAAACAAAUCCGUAUUCUCAACAAAAAAUGAUGUGCAGGUAAAAACUACAGAUGAUUAUUUCCGCAAGAGCGCAAACAAUAUCUCCUUCUUUUUUGAAGAGAAAGCAUUUGAUGAAGAAGGAAAACUACGGCAACCCAAGGAAUUAUCGAUCAACAAAGUCGGACACGCACUUCAUGACGUUGAUCCAGUUUUCCGAAAGUUUUCAAGAUCAGAGAAAUUGACGGGAUUGGUCGCAUCACUAGGUUACAGAAAGCCGUUACCAGUACAAUCCAUGUAUAUAUUUAAGCAACCAGGCAUCGGCGGUGAGGUCAGACCACAUCAAGAUAAUACAUUCUUGUAUACAGAUCCUUUCACAUGUACUGGUUUCUGGCUUGCUGUCGAGGAUUCAAAUACCGAGAAUGGGUGUCUAUGGGCUCUUCCGGGAUCACAUAAAGGCGAACUUGCAACCAGAUUUGUGACAAACAAGGAUGGAACUACAAAGUUCGAGGGAAGUGCUCCAUCGUACGACAUGAGCAAAUUCGUGCCUUUGGUAAUGAAGGCAGGAUCCUUAGUUGUUCUACAUGGGCUUCUUGUUCAUCAGAGUUAUGAAAACACAUCUCCUAAGUCAAGGCAUGCCUACAGCAUCCAUGUUUUGGAAGGUGACGGCACUGUCUACCCAGAAGAGAACUGGCUCCAACGUGAUCCCAGUUUCCCUUUUGAGCCCUUGUACACCUGUGCCAAAGCUGGUCGCCCAGCUUCAUCAGCGGUCACCACGAGCACAUGAUCACACUAUUGCUUCUCGCGUGUUAAAUAUUGUAAUCUAGCAGAAUUUCACCGAGUGUGAUUCAAGGUGUGUAAAGGGCAGUCGCUUCGUAAUGUUCAGUGGACAACAACACAAAUCAGUCUGUGAGCAUUGAGACAACAUUCACUUUUACAACAGUAGAAUAGAAUUUUUUUGAAAGGAUUUAGAGUAGACACAUGUUCAAAUGUUCUGCACAACGUACACACUAGCGAUCGAUGUUGAUAGAAAAGGUUCCGAGUCAAUCUCUACUUGUUCUGACCAGCUCUUACAUACGUAAUGUCCAUGGUGUAUGAUGCAAGAAAGUCUCUUAUGUUUAUAACCGUGAUUGAUCUGAAGUCUCUCGAGGGCGAUGGACUCAGGAAAAGUUGUACUUCACAUUAUCUGGUAACAAGUUCUGUGUAACUAUGUUCGAAUUGUACUCAUAAAAUAUGC